UCAAUAGACGUUCUUUUCCAAUCAUAAACCAUCGAAAAUAAGCGCGACGCUGGCAGAAGUUUCUUCAGGCGGCGGCGGCGCUCUUCUCCCUGAUUGGCGUCCCAAGACUCCCAACUCGAAACUGUGGAAUUUUGCGCGCGAGUGCGCGUGAAGCAGCAGAGCAGAGCGAAGAAGGGAAGAUGUUGUCCCCGACCUCGCCAGUUGUGAACGUAUACCCCCUCUCGAGCUACACCUUCGGCGUGAAGGAACCGAAGAUGGAGAAGGACACCUCCGUCGCCGAUCGCCUCGCUCGAAUGAAAGUGAAUUAUAUGAAGGAGGGAAUGAGGACAAGUGUUGAAGCAAUCCUUCUGGUACAAGAACACAACCAUCCCCAUAUACUGCUACUUCAAAUUGGAAACACGUUUUGUAAACUUCCUGGUGGGCGCUUGAAGCCUGGAGAAAAUGAAAUUGAGGGCUUAAAGAGGAAGUUGUCUAGCAAACUUGCAGCGAAUUCAUCCGUUCACCAGCCAAACUGGCAAAUUGGAGAAUGUGCUGCAGUCUGGUGGAGGCCAAAUUUUGAAACUGUGAUGUACCCAUACUGUCCUCCACAUAUCACCAAACCGAAGGAGUGCAAGAAACUUUUCGUUGUUCACUUGUCGGAGAGGGAAUACUUUGCUGUACCGAAAAACUUGAAGCUGCUUGCUGUUCCACUGUUUGAACUUUAUGACAAUGUCCAGAGAUAUGGCCCAGUUAUAUCCACCAUACCGCAGCAGUUAUCUAGAUUUCAGUUCAAGAUGGUAAAUCCUUGAAAGUUUAAGGGCUUAACUGCAUUUGCUCACUGAUACUUCUGCAGUGGGAGUUCAAGAGGAACAUUGUUGCCUUCAAUUUUGGAUAAUUUUGAUUGAUUUUAUCAUAGUUUUUUUAACUUCCCCCAAAAUAUUUAAACUAUAAAUAUGAUGAUUAUUGUUUUGGUCUUGGUUGUUCCCAUAAUGAAAUUGAUUGUUAUUGUUUUAAAUUUAAUUAUUAAAGUAAUUUAUU